AUGGCAAUUGAUUGGUUUGAAAAAGCCUUUGGUUCGCAUUCAAGCGACGAAAUAGAUGGGGUGCAGUCUUCAGGAGUUGACCGGAGUUCUAAUUGUCCACCAUACAUAAAUACAAACAGUGAGGAAUAUAAAGCUCGCGGAAACUUACGCACAGUUGACGACCAACAAAGCAAAUUAAAACAGGAUGCCACACACGAAACAAACACUGAAUUGGAGUCGGAUGAAUCAAACAUAACCCAUUUGGAAAGAGGGAAAGCAGAGGAGGAAAUGAUUUCGCCCGAAGUGGAUGCACUGACAGAGAAAAUGAAAGGAUUCUACCUAACGAGGCCUCAUGAAAUUCAAAAGCUAGAAGAUGAAAUUAGCAAACACGAGAGAGAAAAACGGCAGUUAACCUCAAAAAAUGAAACAUUGCAAAAAGAAGUGGUCUCACUCCAAACAGGACGAAAAAGCUUGCGAGAGGAUGUCCAAAGACUUACAGAAACACUCACAAUCUCCGAUGGAAAAACAUACUCUUUGGAACAAACUAUGGAUAAAAAGGAGGAGGAAAUACAAAACUUAAAAGAUCAGCUACAGAGAGAAAGAGACAAAAUGGUCGAAAACGGGAGAAUAGAGGAGCACGGACUGACAAAGAAACAAGAUACAAUCACGGAGGAAGGGCUGACAAUGCAAGUCGAACGUGACAGAGAUAUUUCAAAGCUGAAAGACGAAAAUAGGGCACUAUUAAUAAAAGUACAUGAUUCAGGAAAAGCACUUUAUUUUCCAAAGGACGUGCUAGAAAACUUGACAAGUGACAAAGCAAAUCUGAUAAGUGACAAAGCCAAACUGAUCAAUGAUCUAGAAAGCAUGCACCAAGACAAACUGAGCAUGCAGCAAGAACUGGAAGGGAAAAUGACAAAGCUGCAAGAGAAAAAGAAAAAAGCAAUAUCUGAAAUAGAAAACUUCAGGAAAACGCUCGAUUCAAAAGAUAGUGAGGUACUUUCAUUGCAACGCGACAAUGACUGGCUCAAAACAAAAAUUCAAACUCUCAAAGAAGAAAAGGAAACAUUACAAAAGGAUUUGACAUGUAUGGAAAGUUUUAAUGAAGAGUCAAAGUCGAAGAGCAGGGAGUUACAUAAGACUAUUGAUGAACAGAAAGAAAAACUCAACUCACUGAAGACCGAUAAGGAAAACAUAACGAGAGAUAUGAAAACACUCACGGAAACAAAUGAACAACUAAGGAAGAGUUUGAGUGCUCUUGAAGAAGAGAAAACAAAGAUGCAGACGGACCAUGAACAUCAGAUGAAAGACUUUCGAAAACAUAACACCACGUUAUCGUCGACAAAUUCAGUCUUACAGCAACAAAUCAGUUCAAAAGAUGACGAAGUACUUUCAUUGAAACGUGACAAUGACAGGCUGAAAGAAAAAAUACGUACUCUCAAGGAAGAGAGGAAGACAUCCCAGAACAAUAUCACUGAUCUCGAAAAUCUACGUGUAAAGCUUGUAUCGGCAAGCAGAGAGUUACAGAGCACGAUUGUUACAAAAGAUAACCUUAUACAAUCCCUGGAAACUCAAAGCAAAGAUCAUGCAAAGGAUUUGAAGAAUUUGGAGAGAGAAAAGGAACAACUCAAAACAGAAAUUAGGAAUCACGGGGAAGAUAAUGAUCGUUUGACAAAGAAUGUACGGCUGCUUGAGGAAAAAAAGGCUGAACUCACAGAAAAAGUAACAACCCUUGAAAUAGAAAAGGGCAACAUGACAAGAAACAUAGAUGAUAAAAAUCGUUUAACGACGAAUUUGACGGAACUAAAGGCAGAAAAAGAACAACUGACAACAGACCUUAGGAAACAGAAGGAAAAAAAUGAACAGUUAUCAAAGAAUAUUAAGACGCUUGAGGACGAAAAACAUCAACUUACAAACGGAGAAAAGGUACUUAAAAAAGAAAAAGAGAACAUGAAAAGAAAUAUAACAACACUAGAAACAGAAAAGGAACAACUGACGAUGGAUUUGAGAAAACAUGAAGAAAACACAGAACUGUUAUCAAGGAAUGUAAAGACGCUUGAGAAAGACAAGAAAGAAUUCACAGACAGAGUAGUUGUUCUUGAGAGAGAGAAAGAAAACAUGGCACGAAAUAUAAUGACACUAGAAACAGAACAGGAACAACUGACAACGGAUCUUAGAAAACGCGAAGAAACCAAGGAACUGUAA